AUGUCGGCCAGUUUGCCGUGUUUGGCUGGAUACAGACCGCUCCCACGUUGGCGCAUCCCCGUACCGCUGCAGCCACGUUGCCAGCCUGUCACGACGCCGUACAGACGAAGGAAGCCCGCCGCCGCAAGGCCACAUGAAUCGUCGUCCAUCGCCACUCCACUAUAUCGAUCGUCGUGCAUUGACAUGGCAUCGCCGUGCAUUCAAGAAACACUGGCGUCCGAAGAAGCCCCCGAUGACAAGACAUGGCUCUUCGUCGCUCCGUCUCAGCCAACGGUUUGCCUACCUUCAACAAUGCCCUACAUAGUCACUGAGUACAAUCAGAAAAUUGCCAAGGCCGGCCCCGCGCACUGA